AUGGCAUUGUUGGGGGCACAGGGGUGCGGUCCCACGGGGAGCUGUCCCACGCUCCCCCCAAACUCAUCCUCGUCCAGAGACUACUGUUACUCCGCUCGCAUCCGCAGCACAGUGCUCCAGGGGCUGCCCUUCGGAGGAGUACCCACCGUCCUCGCACUGGACUUCAUGUUCUUUCUGGGGCUGCUGGUCGUGUUUUCGUUCUUGAGAAAAGUUGCGUGGGAUUAUGGACGACUUGCUCUGGUCACCGACGCUGACAGACGAAUGGACCAACAACAGAGAUACAGUCGCCUGGAUGAUCGGGAAUAUGUGGCCUCGACGGUGACACCUGAAGCCAACGAAAGAUACGAACGCCUCACCUCCGUCUCAAGCUCUGUGGACAUUGACCAGAGGGACACUGGUUUCUGCUCGUGGCUCACAGCUAUUUUCCGCAUUAAGGAUGACGAGAUCCGCGACAAGUGUGGCGAGGACGCUGUGCACUACUUGUCCUUCCAGCGUCACAUCAUCGGGCUGCUGGUUGUGGUCGGGGUGCUGUCCGUUGGCAUCAUUCUGCCCGUCAACUUCUCUGGAAAUCUACUUGAAAAUAAUGCCUACAGUUUUGGGCGAACCACUAUUGCAAAUUUGGAUGCAGAUAACGCACUACUUUGGCUGCACACUAUCUUUGCCUUCCUCUACCUGCUCUUGACAGUCUACAGCAUGAGAAGGCACACCUCCAAGAUGCACUACAAAGAGGACGACUUGGUGAAACGCACUUUAUUUGUGAAUGGAAUCUCAAAAUACGCAGAAGAAUGGGACAUAAAGCAGCACUUUGAACAAGCGUAUGAAAACUGUACUGUACUGGAAGCGCGCAUUUGUUACAACGUGGCACGGCUCAUGAAUUUGAACACGGAAAGAAAAAAAGCAGAGCGCAACAAGAAGUUCUUCAUUGACCUGGAGAGUAAGGAGCACAUCCCCACCAUGAUCAACCCCAAACCCUGUGGACACCUCUGCUGCUGCAUCAUCCAGGGCUGCGAGCAGGAAGAAGCGGUUGGCUACUACACAAAGUUGGAGGCGAACUUGAAAGAGGAUUACAGAAAGGAGCGAGACAAAGUGAACAGUAAACCUCUGGGCAUGGCUUUUGUCACCUUUCAAAAUGAGUCCAUAACUGCGCUAAUCUUGAAGGAUUUCAACGCCUGCAAGUGCCACGGAUGUUACUGUCGCCGGGAGCCAAAGAGUUCAAACUUCAGCACUAAACUUCACACACACAACUGGACCGUGUCUUAUGCCCCACAUCCACAAAAUGUCUACUGGGAGCAUCUGUCUGUUGGAGGCUUUUUGUGGUGGGGCCGCUGCUUCAUCAUCAACUGUGUGCUCUUUCUCCUCCUCUUCUUUCUCACCACUCCGGCCAUCAUCAUCUCCACCAUGGAUAAAUUCAACGUCACCAAACCAGUGGAGUACCUCAACAACCCAAUCGUCACACAGUUCUUCCCCACCCUGCUGCUGUGGUCCUUCUCAGCUCUGCUUCCUACCAUUGUUUACUACUCGGCAUUCUUCGAGGCUCAUUGGACACGAUCUGGGGAGAACAGGACUACGAUGCACAAGUGCUACACAUUCCUAAUCUUCAUGGUGUUGUUGCUGCCAUCUCUAGGACUCAGCAGCCUGGACGUUUUCUUCCGCUGGGUCUUUGAUAAGCGUUUCCUAGCAGACGCCAAAGUCCGGUUUGAGUGUGUGUUUCUUCCCGAUAACGGAGCCUUCUUUGUGAACUACGUGAUCGCGUCUGCGUUCAUCGGAAACGCCAUGGACCUGCUGAGAAUCCCGGGUCUCUUGAUGUACAUGAUCAGACUGUGUUUGGCUCGAUCAGCAGCGGAGCGGAGGAAUGUCAAGAGGCACCAAGCAUAUGAGUUCCAGUUCGGCGCGGCCUACGCUUGGAUGAUGGCCGUGUUUACCGUCGUCAUGACUUACAGCAUCACCUGCCCGAUCAUUGUGCCAUUUGGGCUCAUGUACAUGCUGCUAAAACACUUGGCGGACAGAUACAAUAUGUACUACGCCUACCUGCCGUCAAAACUGGACAAGAAGAUCCACUCCGGGGCCGUGAACCAGGUCGUGGCUGCUCCCAUCCUCUGCCUCUUCUGGCUCCUUUUCUUCUCCACCGUGCGAUCAGGUUUUCCAGCAGCGACUUCUAUGUUUACGUUUGUAGUUUUGAUUAUCACCAUCAUCAUCUGCCUCUCACACGUUUGUUUUGGACACUUUAAAUAUCUCAGCGCUCACAACUACAAGGUCGACUCUCAGGAGGUUGACGGGCUGGAGAAUGGCCGUGCAGUUGGCCAUGCAGAAACAAUCAAGUUAACACAGAUGUACAUCGCACAGGUGCUUCAGGAUCCCAACGCCGAGGAGGGAGGUUCAGGGAGCGGCGACGACGGCCAGGGCUCUUCGCAGGACGAGGAACUGAUCAACCCAAACGGCCUGAGCGAGGACUUCCAAUCGGGAGAGGACAGUCUAAUCGACAAUGAAGUGCGGCACUGA